AUGAUAUUUGACGAAGUACAUCCAACAAACGGGAAGAGAUACGUCGCAUUCGGAUCAAAAGUGGGACUUGAAAUGUUGGAGAAGUCGUCGUUGCUCUUAUCAGAUGGCACAUUCUCAGUAGCACAACCACCAUUUGUUCAACUUUGGACAAUUCAUGCUACCUUCAGUGAAUCCACGUUUCCAGUAGUUCAUGUUUUGAUGAGUGGCCGCCAGAUCGUGGACUACGAUUAUGUGCUGGGACGUUUGAAAUCGAUCAUUCCACUUUGGGACCCUCAGGAUUAUCUUGGAGACCUCGAAAUCGGACAAGCAACAGCAAUCAAAAAUGCUUUUCCAAACAUUCGCCAGACAUACUGUUACUUUCAUCUGUUACAGGCCUGGUUCCGACGAUUGAAACAGCUUAAGCUGCAAGAUUCGAACAGCCGAAAUGCAGAAUUUCGUAAAGUGUCUGCUGAACGCAAGAAGAAAGAUAUUCUAAAAGAUCAAAGAAUUCUCAAAGUUCUGGAUGCGAGAAUUGCUCUAGGCUCACAACUGAAGGGUAUUUCUUUCUUCAAGGCAAUUCGUGCAGCGAAAAAGUAUACCUAA